AUGGACAGCAACGUUGUCGUAGAGUGCUUAUCGAAGGAUGUUGCGACUGUUCAGUCUCUUGUUCAGGAGUUUGCCUUUGACUUCAUGGAAGGUCUUGACAUGCUCUUCUCCCAAGAUCAGGAAGCUUCGUCCGAACCUCCAAAAUCCUUGCUGCGAUACGGCAUCGACGGCUUGGCCAAUCUAUCCAAAGGCUCGAGAGUGUUCCGCGAUGCCAUCAGAAACCUGCCAAACAUAGCUGAAAUAUUGCAAGGUUUCAAGCGCGUCUUCUCAAAGGACUUUGCCAAGAAACUCGACGCGGAUCCACAGCGAGCUCGGGACCUAAAGUUUCUUCUGACGAGCGUGAUUGCAGCGCUCGCUUUCUCAGCUGACAGCCAGAUAUGGCUCUUAGAUGUGGGCCUGCUCGAUAUCCUCUGCGCAGUCUAUGAGAGCACGCACAGGCGCGAGAUAGCCAAUCUACUUGUCUCCGAUGAUCCCAGCGGGCGUCAGAAAAUCGCAGCAAGCAGAUGCAACACGGUGCUGUUGCGCUUGGUAGAGACAGAGGAAGCCCUGAAAAAGCUGCAGCAGCUUAACGCUCUCUCCCGUCUCAAAGUUCACAAAGACAUCAUCAAUGCCGCUUCACCAGAGUCAGAGGUGUUUUGGGGUCGCCUCAAGGCGGGGUUGUCAGGCAAGGUGCCACCCAAUCUGAGGCGAAUGGACGGCGACCACCCUUGGCCUGGCUUCAAGAUUUCGUACUCGGACGAGCGUUGGAGGUUUGCCAGAAGGCAUGCUACUUCUGGCGCCUUCCCCACGCGGACCGUGUGCUCUUGGAAGCUGAGUACCGCUGGGCCGGAGCCAGACUCGGGGGGUUUCAGCAGAUGCGCGCGCUGUCAGGUGGCGCGCUACUGCAGCAAGGAGCACCAGAAACUUCACUGGAGGACUCACAGGAAACACUGUCAGGCCCAGCUGGUCAUCACGAACGCAGAAGCGAAGCCAGGCAGGAAAGGCGGGAGGGAAGCGCGAUGGAAGGAGCUGGAGCCGGAGUAG